GUUAAAUCCGUCUCAGCAAACUCAACAUCAUCUUCACAAAAAAAAAAUGUCUUCUACCAAUAAGCUCUACCCAGAAGUCAUUCUCUCAAACCCAGAAGCCAUUUCUGCUUCUUCAUCUUCCUCUUCUUCUUUGUACGCUUCUCUUGACAUGAAAGACCUGGCCGACAAUCUCGUCCCUGAAAACGACGCCGCUUUGCAGGCUUCCAACUCUCAACCUUAUGAGCAACCUCUCAUCACCAUCCCCGGAACGAUAGUCCAUCUUAUUGAGAGAGACCGUAGCGUUGAGCUCGCUUGUGGUGACCUCACCAUCGUCAGUCUUAAACAGGGUGACACAGUAGUUGCUGUUCUUGCUCGUGUUGGAGAUGAUAUUCAGUGGCCUUUAGCUAAAGAUGAGGCAGCUGUUAAACUCGAUGAAUCCCAUUAUUUCUUUACACUUCGCGUUCCUGCAAAUGAAAGAGGGGCGAAUGAAGGUAAGAGUGAGAUUGAAAAGGAGGUUGAGUUGUUGAAUUAUGGAGUCACAAUUGCGUCGAAAGGACAGGAGGGUUUAUUGAAGGAAUUCGAUAAUAUAUUGGAGCGUUAUAGUGCUUUCACGGUGCAAGAAGUGCAGGAGAAAGGGAACUGGGAGUUGAUAUAUGGGAAAACGGCAAGGGGGAUAUCGCCGGAGGAGUUAAAGAUGGAGGAGGAGAAGAAAGAGUUGAUGGAGGAAUCUUCAGCUGCGUAUUGGACUGUUUUGGCCCCAAAUGUGGAGGAUUACAGUGGGUCUGUUUCCAGGAUGAUUGCAGCUGGAUCAGGGCAGCUGAUUAAGGGGAUUCUGUGGUGUGGGGAUGUGACUGUCGAUAGACUGAAGUGGGGGAAUGAGUUCUUGAAGAAGAGGAUGGGGAAGAAAUCAGAUACAGAGAUUAGCCCAGCAGCAAUAAGGAGAAUCAAAAGGGUAAAGAGGUUGACAAGGAUGUCUGAGAAAGUGGCAACAGGAAUCCUUUCAGGGGUUGUGAGUGUCUCAGGACUUGUUACAAGUUCAAUUGUGAACUCUAAAGCUGGGAAGAAAUUUUUUAGUCUGUUGCCUGGAGAAAUUCUUCUUGCUUCUUUGGAAGGAUUUAAUAAGGUCUGUGAUGCUAUUGAGGUUGCUGGAAAGAAUGUCAUGUCAACAUCAUCAGUAGUGACAACGGGUCUGGUCUCGGAGAAGUACGUCUCUAAACGACUCCCUUUCUGUACGGCGAACAGGCAGCGAAGGCGACAAAUGAAGGGCUGGAUGCUGCAGGACACGCCAUUGGCACUGCUUGGGCAGUUCUCAAGCUAAGAAAUGCUCUUAACCCAAAGAGUGUCUUCAAACCCACAACUCUUGCCAAGGCUGCUGCAGAGGCUAAUUCUACUGAAUUGAAGUCUAAAAACAAGAAGUAAAUGUUGCAUAGCUUUUUAUGGGUAGAAGGGACAGAAAAUUAUACGACACUUGUGAUCUUUGUUGCUCUGAGUUUGUAGAAGUUAAGUCUUUUUGGUAGCAUGCUAGAGAAUGUGAACGGGUCAUUUGUAUUUGUUGGCUUAUUAUUUUAUCUGAUGCAUAGUUCUAUAAUUCUGGACAAGUUUAUAAGACGGGAACUAUUAUUGCCAUGUA